AUGCUGUGUCAGCCAAAUAUAUUCCAUAUCGUUAGGAAAUUCUAUCAAAUCCGACUAUAUCUAAAAAAUACCGACCUCAACAAAGUAGGAGCUGCAAAAAAUGUUAUUUUUGUAUCACCAAUAACAAUAGAUAACAAAUUGUUAUACACAUUGAAUGAGAAGCUUAUGUUUCGAAAGCAAAUUAGAAAAUCGACAAAUAUGUUACUUGCUAUCGAAGUAAAGGGACUUGUGACACCGAGACAGCUUUUCCGAGCCCUUAAAAAGUGUUUACCAACUGUUUUUGAUGAAAAAAUCAUUAGGAAAAUUAAUAACGAAGAAAACAUCAGAAGAAUGUACUUCCAUGUUAGACAAUCUAUAAUCAGCAUUCUUGGUGUGCAUGAGGGCAACAAGAUCCUUGAGAAAACAUUUGAAGACCGUGAAAAGAACGAAAGCCUGGAAUCUAAUGCCGAGAGCAUGAGUGAAGACAUUUUAAGCGAUUUUGAAAUGAUUUAGGUGUAAAAUAUUAUGUCGUGUUUAUUAAAGGAGUAGUG